GGCACAGCUUUCUAGUCCCCUGACGAUAAAGCCACUUGUACAUGAGGUUCUCCACCCUGGUUAGUCCAGCUGGAAGAGAACCAGAGUGAAGGCAUGCAGGCAAUAACAGAGUGAUUACUCAUUUUCUCAUGGCUCCAAAAUACGCUCCUAGUCUUCGAGCCCGGCUUCCACCUGUGGCUUUUCUUCUGCAAACCACCUUCAUUGUUAUUUUUACUUUUUGUGUGGAAAUCGAGGACUCUAGGAAUGAAAAGGAAGAGGUGUUUAUUUAUACAUAUGCAAAGUUCCAGGACAUCCAUGUGAUGGUGUUUCUGGGCUUUGGCUUCUUGGCUACUUUUUUGGUACGCUACGGUUUCAGCAGCUCGGCGUUCAAUGUGCUGGUUGCUGCCAUGGCCGUGCAGUGGGCCACCAUCCUAAAUGGCAUCCUUAUGUCUCAACAUUUUGGGGACAGCAAGAUCCAUAUCAACCUAAAAAGUUUGGUAGACGCUGAGCUGUGUGCGGCUUCGGCUCUUGUGGCUAUGGGUGCCAUUAAUGGAAAAACCAACCCAGUCCAGCUUCUGAUAUUUACCCUGAUAGAGGUCACUGGGUUUGUACUAAACCAGUGGCUCAUACAAACCUUGUUCAAGAGACCGAUACAGAUGCAUUGGCUGUACAGCACCACGCUCAUCAACAUAUUUGGCGGUCUCUUCGGUUUGAUGACAACACGUGUACUUUUCCGUAGCAAAAUGGAGCCGAAGCACGAGAAAGAAAAGGUUGGCAGGACGUCGGGCCUCUUUGCCAUGUUUGGGACUUUGUUCCUAUGGAUGUUCUGGCCCAGUUUGAACUCGGCACUGGAGAGCAACAUCGGAAGAUCGGAAAAGCGCAUCAGUGUGUUGUGCAACACGUAUUUGUCUCUGGCCGUCAGUGCUGUCACAGCGAUGGCUUUCUCUGUGCUCUCCAGCUCUAAAGGCAAGAUGAACUUGGUGCAUAUUCAGAGCUCCAUGCUGGCUGGUGGCAUCGCUGUCGGUGGUACCGUGACCUUGGCUCCUGCUCCCUGGGUUGCCAUGACGAUUGGCUUUUGUGCUUCUCUUUUGUCGACUCUGGGAUUUCGAUAUUUGAAGGACCACAUGCUAUUUGCUUUUGAUUGCCACGAUACCAAUGGUGUCCUAUUUGUUCAUGCAGUGCCAGGAAUUCUGGGAUGGUUUGCUCAACUCAUCUUGUCUCUGGCCAGUAUCAGUCACAGCACAAUAGCUGUCCGGUUUGCUGUCCAUCACAUCUGUAUUUUGCUCAUCACAGUCUCAAUGAGUCUGGUUAUGGGUGUUAUCACAGGACUGAUUUUGAAAUGGAAAUUCUGGAAACCUCAGCUGGACAGGAAUUGCUAUGAUGACCAGGCCUUCUGGGAGUUCCCGCAUCUGCUUACGCACAAGUAAGACCAAAUGUUGAAGACCCUGGAAGAGUUAAAUAUAAGAAUAUUAUGAGUGUUGUGUAUAUGUUUUCUGUGUAUGAUUGUAAACCCACCCCCCCCUUUUUCAAGGUGAUUAUUUAGGAUUGUUGCAUUGGUCCUGCUUAAAAAGGAAAAAACGCAGAGAUUUUGGGUAAUUUUUUUUAUUUCGACAAAUACAGUUGCAAAAAAAACCCCCAACCAAACAACAAAUUGUUAGACAAAAUUAGAAAUUACAUUCCUCUAGUGUUUUGAUUUAACAAACAUUUCAAAUGGAUCAGCGCUGGACAGGCUGCAUUUUCUUUUUUUUUUUUCCUUUGUGCUUGCUUUUAAUGACGUCUUUUGCUGUACAGCAGCCGUGUAACAUAAAUAGAGUGCAAACGUAAAGCAAAAUAUGUGUGUGUGUGUAUAUAUAUAUAUAUAUAUAUAUAUAUAUAUAUAUAUAUAUAUAUAUAUAUAUAUAUA